AUGCAUUUCCCACUGGAUCACAUCAGCCCUUGCGAGCAAGAUCUAGCUGGAUAUGUAGAGGAUGGAAUUUUGUAUCAGGGAGAUGGAAUCAUCAGGCAUUUGUGGCUCUCCUUUAAUGGCCUGAUGGGAUCAGGGAUUCCUCCAGAGCUCUACUUGCUAACUGAACUUAGGAGCCUGGCAUUGGAUGGAUUGAACCUUACCAGCACCAUCCCAGAUGAGCUCAUUGGCCUUCCCGGCUUGGAGUAUAUUUCGAUGAUCAGUUGUGGGCUAUUUGGCUCCAUUCCAGAGGCAAUAGGGCACGCGAUUGUCAAAACUUGGAACCAUGCACUUUGGCUUCAACUCCCUGACAGGAACUAUUCCAUCAUCCCUGUAUACGCUUACAAACCCAAUGCAAGCCAUCCUUUUGGUAGAAAAUCAGCUGACGGAACCAGUACCAACAGAACUGGGAUUGCUAACAAAUUUGUGGGGUCUAGCAUUAGACACCAACCUUUUCACUGGGACGAUUCCCACAGAACUUGGGCAAUUAACUGGGUUGAAGUCCUUGUUCCUGAAUCAUCUGAUUCUGAGUGGUGCCAUCCAAAAUGA